AUGGCGGUGCGGAAGAAAGACGGCGGCCCGAAUGUAAAAUAUUUCGAAGCGUCUGAUACCGUUUCUCAGUUUGAUAAUGUCCGCGUCUGGCUGGGAAAGAAUUACAAAAAGUACAUCCAGGCCGAGCCCCCCACCAACAAGUCCCUGUCCAGCCUGGUGGUCCAGCUGCUCCAGUUCCAGGAGGAGGUGUUCGGUCGACAUGUCAGCAACCCUCCACUCACCAAGCUGCCAAUGAAGUGUUUUCUGGACUUCAAGUCAGGAGGGGCUCUCUGCCACAUCCUGGCUGCUGCCUACAAGUUCAAGAGUGACCAAGGAUGGCGCAGGUUUGACUUCCAGAAUCCAUCGAGGAUGGACCGAAAUGUGGAGAUGUUCAUGACCAUUGAGAAGUCCUUGGUGCAAAACAACUGCCUGAGUAGGCCAGUGAUCUACCUGAGCUCUGACAUAGAGCCAAAAAUGCUUGGGAAACUGAAAGACAUCAUAAAAAGACAUCAAGGCUCGGUGACUGAGGACAAGGCCUCCAGCUCUCAUGUUGUUGUUCCUAUUCCCACAAGCCUGGAGGAAGAGGAGUGGGUGCGUCCAGUGAUGAAGAGAGAUAAGCAAGUGCUGCUCCACUGGGGAUAUUUUCCUGACAGUUAUGAUACCUGGAUCCAAGCCAGUGAGAUUGAGGCUGCUCUGGAGGAUCCUCCCAGCCCAGAAAAGCCUAGGAAGGUCCAUGCCAAGUGGAUUUUAGAUCUGGACCAGUAUAACGAGUGGAUGAAUGAGGAGGACUAUGAAGUGGGCGAGGGCUGCCCUAAGAGGAAGAGGAUCUCAGCUAAGACCCUGACAGAUGAGGUCACCACUCCUGAUGAGCGGAGGGACAAGAAGCCUGGCAGCGCCAAGAAGAGGAAGAGGUCGCCGUCGCCAUCCCCCACCCCUCCGCCUCAGGAGAGCAAGAAGAAGAAUACCAAAAAGGGUUGGCCAACGACCCCGUACACCAAGUCUAAACGGGGCCAAAGGGAGGAGGAACAGGAGGAUCCUAGUAAAGACUUGGAUGAAGCGUCACCUGUUCCAGCAUCGGAAGAGGGAAACCCACCUAAAACAAAUAACACUAAGAAGGACUCUGAUUCAACUCCAGUCAAGGGAGGAACAGAUAUGGACGAGCAAGAGGAUGAGUCCAUGGAAACAACAGGCAAGGAGGAGGAGGAAGGCUCUCCAAGCGUGAAGGGUGAACCAGUGAAAGGCUCGGACCUUCACGAGGACAAUGUGACCGAGCAAACUCAUCACAUUAUUAUACCGAGCUAUGCUGCCUGGUUCGACUACAACAGUGUUCAUGCCAUUGAGCGCAGAGCCCUGCCAGAGUUUUUCAAUGGGAAGAACAAAUCCAAAACCCCAGAGAUUUACCUGGCGUACAGGAACUUCAUGAUUGACACCUACCGGCUGAACCCUCAGGAGUAUCUGACGUCCACAGCCUGUCGCAGGAACCUGGCAGGAGACGUGUGUGCAAUCAUGAGAGUGCACGCCUUCCUGGAGCAGUGGGGUCUGAUCAAUUACCAGGUUGACUCUGAGAGCCGACCCACACCCAUGGGUCCCCCACCCACCUCUCACUUCCACGUCCUGGCAGACACUCCGUCCAGUCUGGUGCCCCUGCAGCCCAAGACGUCCCAGGUCCACAUACACUCUCACACACAAACACAAAUAAAACAUGUACACAUGUUCUGGGUUGUUUACACAUGUCCCUUCAUUGUGCACCUGUAGACCCCUGCUACCCAGCAGAUUAUGUCCUUCCCAGAUAAAGUGAAGGAGAAACCAGCAGAUCUGCAAAACUUUGGGUUGCGGACUGACAUGUACAGCAAGAAGACUUGUUCUGCAAAGAGCAAGAGCACAGCGAGCUCUAUGAGGGAGUGGACGGAGCAAGAAACACUACUUCUACUUGAGGGGUUGGAGAUGUACAAGGACGACUGGAACAAGGUUUCAGAACACGUGGGCAGCCGUACGCAGGAUGAGUGCAUCCUGCACUUCCUGCGGCUGCCCAUUGAAGACCCUUACUUAGAGGACAACUCCUCGUCCCUGGGACCACUGGCCUACCAGCCAGUGCCUUUCAGCCAAGCAGGAAACCCUGUGAUGAGCACAGUGGCCUUCCUCGCUUCUGUCGUCGACCCCCGCGUUGCCUCUGCUGCAGCCAAAUCUGCUCUCGAGGAGUUUUCUCGUAUGAAGGAGGAGGUACCUGCAGCGCUUGUGGAGGCUCAUGUGCGGCGGGUGGAGGAGGCAGCGAGGGUCAGCGGUCGACAGGACCCGCUGUAUGGCUUGGAGGGGAGUGGCAUCGCAGGCACUGGCCUGGAGGAGGGAGACAGACCAGAUGAAAGCAGUGAUGAAAGUAAGAGUGACAGCCAACCAGGUGAAGAGAAGAGGGAGAACAAGGACAACAAAGAUGGAGCGACUGAGGAAGAGGAGAAACAGGCAGAGAAUGGGAAGAAGGAAGAAGAAAGAGGAAGAGAAGCAGAAGGAGAGAGGGAGACAGACAAAACAGAAUCAGAGAUGGGUGAUGGGGAGAAAGAGAAGGACGGGAAAGAGGGCACGGAGGAAGGACAAAGAGAAGCAGAGAGUGAAGGAGAGAGGAAGGCUAAGGUGGAGCGUGACGUUGGAGAGGGGAACCUUGCCACAGCUGCUGCGUCUGCACUCGCCGCUGCUGCUGUCAAAGCAAAGCACUUGGCUGCAGUUGAAGAGAGGAAGAUUAAAUCUCUAGUGGCUCUGCUGGUGGAGACUCAAAUGAAGAAGCUGGAGAUCAAACUGCGCCACUUUGAAGAACUGGAAACCAUCAUGGACAGAGAGAGGGAGGCUUUGGAGUAUCAGCGUCAGCAGCUGCUGGCUGACCGUCAGUCCUUCCACAUGGAACAGUUGAAAUAUGCCGAGAUGAGGGCCCGCCAGCAGCACUUCCAGCAGAUCCAGCACCAGCAGCACAGCCAGGCGGGCGGCCCUCAUGCCAACCAGGCCGCCCCAGCACCGGCCCCACCAGCCCCAUCUGCAAGUCAGCAGGCUCCCAACACACCAGCGCCACAGCCGGCCCCAAGUCCUGCGCCUCCAGCUUCAGUCUCUGCGCCCGCCCCUGAGUCCCAACCCCCUCAGGGUGCUCACACCUCGCCCCCAUGCCCCCCAGGCGCAACCCCAGCUACCCACUCAAGCUCCAGCUCCAGCACUACUCCAGUACUCCAUGAGCCCACCCCCCCUCUUCCUGGGGAAACACUACACCCCUCAGCUCCAGUCCCACCUCCACAGUGAGAGAAAAAUACAUAGCCUGAGAAUACGAAUGACUCUGACCACUUUGAAUCUUGCCGGUAUCAUCUGAAAUGAAGAAGUCAUAAACCGAUGAAGAACACAUUUUACAUGUUCAGCUCUUUUAUUUGUUUUGUUUGUUUUUUCCAAAGGACAAUUGAUGCAAGAAAGAAAAAAUGAUAACGUAUAAAUCAAACCAGCUCUACUUUAACUCUCGGUUGAAAAAUAAGUCCUUUUCAAAUUUAAUCUGCAUAUGAAGAAAAUGUACUUUCACACAGAAGCUGUUCAUCCUGUGCGUUCGAUUGGACAGCAACAUCUCACUUCAUAAUUUGAAGCUUAACACCAGAGAUCUGGUGAGCUAAGAGAGUCUGACCAACAUGAUGCCAGUCAAAGAAAGAAGAGAAAAGACUCAUCUUUCAUUUUCAGUGUUUUGGAAAUUGUUGCAUUUAUUUGCUGCAACAGUUUGUCACAGCUUGUGAAGUUUAUGCUUCACAUUCUCUCCAGAGUUCCCCCCCUUGUGCUGUAGGUACUAAUUAAAAUAUAUGUAAGACAAAAAUGCACUUUUAACAUGUUGCCCUAGGUCUAAUUGAAAGACUUGAAGCAUCGAUGAAAUUUAACUCUAGCACUUAUAUCAUCCUUUUGUUGUCUUAAAUACUUUUUCAUGCUGAAGGUUUUGAAAACUUUAUUGGAAAUGUUACUUUUUCCGCUCUAGUUUUAAUUGUUUUACAUGGACAAACGGUCACUCUACAGGGUCUGGAGGUCACAUGUCUAAAACCAACAUCUCGCUCCAGAGAAAUGCCUGUAAUAAAUGAAAACAAAUCAGAAGAUAGUUGGAAAUACACUUAGUUUGUAUGCAGUUUGAGGCAAUGUACUGUAAACUGGAUUUUUUGUUACAAACACAUAUUGUGUCGCCCUUUAAUGAUAAUAUUUGAAAGUUCUGACAGCAUGAAAUCAUCAUUCUGAGAAGACCUCUCUUUAAAUAUAUCUUAAUAAUUUCCCUCCUUUCGAAAGCACUUAAGGAAUAACAUGUCAGCGAGGAGCUUCAUGUUUUUCAAAUCUGGAUGAACUAAAGCAUCCAGGAGUUUGUGAGGAAUGUAGUUUUGUUCAAAUAGAAUGAUCGAAAGUCUGGAAAUAAUAAUUAUACCAGUGACCGCAUGAGUGUUUUAUUAAUAAUUUGACUUUGUGUUCAUUUUGCUCAACCAAAAUGUUUUAUAAUCAUGUUUAUCUCACAUUUAUUCAGUGAGUUGUAUUGUGGUUGCUUGGGAAAUUAAGAAGAUUUUUUUAGCAGCUUGUUUUUCGCUGGUGCAUUUCAAGUUACACAUGGAAGAAAUGUGAAGCCUGUCAAAAAACAAGGGAACUCGCACCUUAAACAGCUGACAAUGGAGAAUUGUGUCCUUAAUAUCUGCAACAAUAUCCUCACUUUUUAUCCUAUCAAUUUUUAUAUUUUUUACUUUCCGUUUUUCCAUCUCCUUUCUUUUAUAUGUCAACAUUGUAACUGUAUAUUAUUACAUUUGUAUCUUAUAUUUACCCUCUCCAUUGUUGUGUAUGAAUCAGGCAGGUUUGUUGGAACUGUCUUGAGAUGUGACUGUGAGCAUGUGUGUAUGUGAACGCAUGCCAUUAAGAUCUGUAAACCACAUUACCGUUCAGUUUUAUUUCCAGUGCCAUUUGUCGUGUGUUACAGAGUUUGAUGAAUUAAAAAAACAGGCUUCGUUGUGCACACGACACGUCACGUCAGUGUCAUGAAUUAUAAUCCAGUCAGAAGGUGAAACUUUACAGUCAACGUCCGUCAAGCCAGUAUUGCAGACCUCACCAUAGUUGUGAGCAUAAAUGGACUUCUUUUAUCUGUGUUAUUACUACAUUGUGUGGAUUUUGUGAUAUGAAAUAAGUGUAUGUUCAGUUUCUGUAUGUUUUUCACUAUGCUGAAGGUAGCAGCAAUUGCAUUGAUUAUUAUACAGUAGAAUCAAUUUUUCCUCAGUAAAUCAUCACAUCUCUGCUGACAGUUACUCUGGCAGUUUGUAUUAAAAAAAAUGCAUAGCAAAAUGGGUUCAGGUUUUAAUUACAAAAUGUUGAGGAAAAAAUAAAGAUGUGAAGAGGAAACCAUUGUGUGAAGCGAUUUGUUUUAUUAUUUUAUUCUAAACAAUUUUGCUUGUAUCUGUUAAAUCCGCACUGUUUU